AUGAGUACCAAUCGUCUUCCUAAUGACAGGGCGGGGAAACCUGCAUCUGAGCCAGCAUUUUGGAUUCCGCCAAUCCAAGUCGGCCCCGUUGCCCCCGAAGCAGGAGAAUGGUCACGACUGAUCAUGUUAUUUGGAUGGGCUUGCGCCAGAGCGAAGAACGGCCAGCUUAAGGGAGAAAUUCUUCCAGCUAUCCAGUCUUCCCGUCCUCUUCGUGAACCAUGCUUGCAUGUGAGCGAUGAAAUCAAUGGCGAAAUAUUCUACAGGCAGAUUGGGGGCUCCCUAUCCCAUGUUGAGGCCGUUGCUGGACAGAUUACUGGGCAUGAGGCACCAAGUCCCUGCACGCAUUGCCAAAGAGGACUUUGCAAGUUCAAUCAGUGCAUCAUCAUGUAUGCUGAUGGAUCUCUGACAUACGCUUGUUGCUACUGGAGGAGGAAAUACAAGGAGUGUAGCUUUUAUAGAGCUACUGGUGAAAUCCCUACAUCGGAAGCACGACGGACUGUUCACUUUGAAUUCUAA